CACACGUGUCGUUCGCGAAAUUGAGCGAAGAUCCCUUUCGAAGAUGUUUGCUUCAACCAUAAACCUCGACAUCUUCGACAAUGAAGCAUGCAUAGGUCGAAUCUGUGUGGCAAUGUAACCUGGAGCCAGGUGAAAGCGUGUGAUCCAUAAGGCCACUGACCUGCAAAAGGCGAGCGCUCACACCUUCCGUCCGAUGUAGCCUUCAUCAUCCCCAACGUCGCCUGGCAUCACCUCCCCAUCACCCAGCACUCCUUCUUACCCAUCACUCAUGUCUAGCCUCACCCAAGCCCUCCGCCAUUGCUCCAAUUACACGUGGCUUUCAGCUCCAAGAGGGCAAGAAAAAACCUUCAACUCGCCGUCCGAGAUUCACUGUGUCAGACUCACCCAUCUCAGCACGCCCCUCUGACGACAUCUCACUCAAUCCAUCAUGCCUCGCCGCGUCUCUUCUUCCAACGAUGCAUCCGAUAAUAGACGCGAUAAAACUCAUGAAGACUACAAUGAAGCGGAUGCAGAUAUCGUCCUCAAAGCGAACGACGAUGUCUUGUUCAGAGUCCACUCUUUCGUUCUCAAAGCAUCAAGCUCGUUCUUCCACGAUCUUCUGAGGUCUCCCAAUAUCCACGUUGGACCUGAACCUGAAGACUCCAUCCCGGUUCCCAUCGACGCGACCUCCCAAACUCUCAAAGUCUUCUUAGACCUCAUGCGCAACAUUCCUGAACCGAAAACACUCAGCCCAUUCGAGGUCUUGAAGGCUAUUCCAGGAAUGAUGGAUGGAUUUGGCUGUCAUUCGAUACAGUAUCGACUCAUUCACCGACUCAAAGCGUACACUCAUACGCACCCUUGGGACGUAUUCGUCAUUGCCGCGAGAUUUGGCGAUAUGCCUCUCGCUAGAAAAUCCGUCGAGAGUAUGGAUGUCUCGCUUGGUGGACUGUACAGUUUUGGAUUAACUAAAGUAACAGAUGAAAUGGCCAAGAGCGUACCGCUGCCAUACCUCAUGGCAUUGGUCAGGGCUGUAUGGAGGUACAAGAAGUCAACGAGUCAGAGCUGGCAUGGUGUAGCGGCCUACUUUCAGAUCCAAUCUUAGGUGGACAAUGCGGGCAGAUUGUACGAGAUGAUGUGAUCUUUUGGCUACUCCGAUCCGUCUCGAGCUUCAGCUGACAAAACGUUGACAUCGCAAAGCAAGACAGAGGAGAUACAAAAGAUACGAUUGACCUCGAAGCUGAAAACUCUCAUACCACGACCAAGAAACCGACACGCAACGAGGUCAAGGCACACACGCAUACGCACACACCUUUGAGCGGCACAGUCAUCCUCGCCAAACGAUAUCAUCGCCCGACGAUGAUGGCAGAGCCUGGAGGUGUGAG